AUGGCUUCUAUAGUGGGCGAUUCGCCAGCAGACUCGCGUAGCCUUGACAGCGACCGCAAAUGGAGUUUGCAACCACUUCUGCGCCAUGCUGAACGCUCGCACCAAAAGAUGCCAGGCAUUAGGAAGAUCCCUCUGCGUGCAAUUGGUAUUAUCCUUUUUAUAGCGCUGCUGAAUGCUAUCGUGUGGAUUGCAGCUGCGAUUGUGUUGCGCUUUCACACAUCACUGGUUUCCACUGCAGUGCUUGCUUAUACUCUCGGUCUGCGGCAUGCGUUCGACGCUGAUCAUAUUUCGGCUAUUGACUUAAUGACACGACGACUUCUGGCUACUGGACAGAAGCCUGUUACUGUUGGAACCUUUUUCUCGCUGGGCCACUCGACUAUUGUUAUCAUCACUUCGAUUGUUGUUGCCGCAACUGCAGCUGCUGUUUCCUCCAAAUUUGAUAGCUUCAGCACCAUUGGCGGCAUUAUUGGAAGCUCCGUCAGUGCUGCUUUUCUGAUCUUGCUAGGCCUGAUGAACGGCUAUAUCCUCUAUAAGCUCAUCAAGCAAAUGCAGAAGGUUUUCAACUUGCCCGAAGGCCAAGAGGAUGAAGCUUGGAAGAUUGAGGGAGGGGGUUUUCUCUUCAGCAUCCUGAAAAAGAUGUUCAAAUUGAUCGAUCGGCCAUGGAAAAUGUACCCGCUCGGAGUACUCUUCGGUCUGGGCUUCGAUACGUCGUCAGAAAUUGCCCUGUUGGGCAUAUCUUCGAUUCAAGCUGCAUCGAGAACCUCAUUCUGGGUGAUCCUUAUUUUUCCAGCACUUUUCACAGCUGGCAUGUGUCUGAUCGACACAAUCGAUGGAGCGCUUAUGUACUCGCUCUACGUCCAGCCUGCUGCGAAUUUCCUACCCUCAAAGCGAGACAGCACCAUCUCUGAAGACGGUGACGAAAUGCCCCAGUCUCACGACAACCAUCGCGACCCCAUCGCCUUCCUCUACUAUUCCAUUGUUCUUACCACCCUGACAGUUAUUGUCGCCAUUGUCAUCGGUGUCAUUCAACUGCUCACCAUGAUUCUGAACGUGACAAACGCUACUGGAAGGUUCUGGGAUGGUGUUCAAGUGGCUGGUGACUAUUACGAUGUGAUCGGUGGAUCAAUCUGUGGUUGUUUCUUGAUUAUCGGCGGUCUUAGCGUGCUCCUCUACAAGCCCUGGAGGAGAUGGAUGGGCCGCCGCCACGGACAACCAAUGUUGAAUGAUGAAGAAAGAUACCACGAUGAUGAGAACGAACCGGCUGUUGAAAGUGGAGUUACUGUUCAUAAACCUAGUAGUAAUGUCAAGCAGGGACAUACUGAGGUGGUUGGAAAGGGGACUUCUUCUGAGGUUGCAGUGACUGCUGAAGAGCGUCGUAUUGAAGAUGAGAUUGUUUAG